AUGGGGAACAUUUACAGGAGUGAGGAAAUGUGCUUGGCACAAUUGUACCUACAAUCAGAGUCAGCAUAUAAUUGUGUAGCCGAGUUAGGAGAAUUGGGUUUAGUUCAAUUUCGUGAUUUGAAUCCAGAUGUAAAUGCAUUUCAAAGGAAGUUUGUCAAUGAAGUUAGACGUUGUGAUGAAAUGGAAAGAAAAUUAAGAUUUCUCGAAAAAGAAAUAAAAAAGGAUGAAAUUCCGAUGCUUGAUACUUUAGAAAAUCCUGAAGCACCACAACCAAAGGAAAUGAUUGAUUUAGAGGCAACAUUUGAAAAACUUGAAAAUGAAUUAAAAGAAGUAAAUCAAAAUGAAGAGAUGCUUAGAAAAAAUUUUGCUGAAUUAACAGAAUUAAAACAUAUUUUAAGAAAAACACAACAAUUUUUUGAAGAGGAACAUCAUUCUUCACUUGGUACCACUAUAUUUGGUGGGGCAGGACAGUCGGGAUUUGAUGGCGACCAAGAACAUUUGUUGAAUGAAGUGGCAUUCAUAAAUGACAAAAUGCAAUUGGGGUUCGCUGGAAAUUUGGAUGCAUCAUCAAUAUCUGGGGGAUAUGUAGGAGAACAUGCUGAUUCAGAUACGAUUGAAUUAACCUCUGCAAUUGGAGGUAUCUCAUCUGGAGUUCCAGUAUCUUUUGGAAAUUUCGGAUUUGUUUGCGGAGUUAUUGAGAGAGUUCGUCUUCCCGCUUUUGAAAGAUUGCUAUGGCGUGCAUGUCGUGGUAAUGUAUUUCUAAGACAAUCAGAUAUUACUGAAGUUAUGACAGAUCCACAUACAGGAGAUAAAGUUAAUAAAACAGUUUUCAUAAUAUUUUUUCAAGGUGAUCAAUUAAAACAACGUGUUAAAAAAAUUUGUGAAGGUUUUCGUGCAACAUUAUAUCCAUGUCCUGAAUCACCAACAGAAAGAAGAGAAAUGUCAAUUGGAGUCAUUACAAGAAUUGAGGAUUUAAAAACAGUUUUAGGACAGACAACAGAUCAUAGACAUAGAGUACUUGUAGCUGCUGCAAAAAAUGUUAAAAUGUGGCUUACAAAAGUAAGAAAAAUUAAAGCUAUAUACCAUACAAUGAAUCUUUUUAAUAUGGAUGUAACUAAAAAAUGUUUAGUAGCCGAGUGUUGGUGCCCUGUUGAUGAUUUAGAUAGAAUUCAAUUUGCUUUAAAAAGAGGCACAGAAGAAUCUGGUAGUCAUAUUCCCAGUAUUUUACAAAGAAUGUCAACAAAUGAAGCACCUCCAACAUUUAACAAGACAAAUAAAUUUACCAGAGGCUUCCAAAAUAUUGUAGAUGCUUAUGGUAUAGCUAGUUACAGAGAAAUAAAUCCUGCUCCAUAUACAAUGGUAACAUUUCCUUUCUUAUUUGCAGUCAUGUUUGGAGACAUGGGACAUGGUCUUAUAAUGCUUAUGUUUGCUUUAUUUUUAAUUCUUAAAGAAAAAAGUUUAGAAGCAGCUAAAAUUAGAGAUGAAAUUUUCCAAACUUUCUUUGGUGGAAGAUAUGUAAUAUUCUUAAUGGGAGCAUUUUCUGUCUACACAGGAUUUAUUUAUAAUGAUGCAUUCUCAAAAUCUAUUAAUAUUUUUGGAUCAUCAUGGAAAAAUAUAUAUAGUUUUGAGCAUGCUCAUUUAGGUGAGACAGCAACUUUAUGGCCUGAUUAUAGUUAUGACAAUGCUUCUGGUCCAUAUCCUAUGGGUGUUGAUCCAGUUUGGAAUUUAGCGGAAGUUAACAGAUUAAAUUUUUUAAAUUCCAUGAAAAUGAAAGCUUCCGUUAUUCUUGGAGUUACUCAAAUGACAUUUGGUUUGAUGCUCUCUUAUCAUAAUCAUAAAUAUUUUAAUUCUGAUUUGGAUAUUAAGUAUAUGUUUAUACCACAAAUGAUCUUUUUAGGUUGUAUUUUUAUCUAUCUAUGUCUUCAGAUUAUUUUUAAAUGGUUAUUGUUUGAUUUUAAGGCUGGAUAUUAUAUUCUUGGAUUUUAUUAUCCAUCAUCUCAAUGUGCUCCAUCACUUCUUAUUGGACUAAUUAAUAUGUUUAUGAUGAAAGAUAUGGGUCAUGGGUUUACUGAAGGUGAUUCAUUAACUCCAGCACCAAGUUGUCAAUUAAGAAAAUGGUAUCCAGGACAGGCUUUCUUUGAAACAAUAUUUCUUUUACUUGCAAUGGCAUGUAUACCUGUGAUGUUAUUUGCCAAACCAUACUUUUUAUGGAAACAAGACAAAGAAGGACGUGGAAAUGGUCAUAGACAAUUAUCAGUUAGAGCUAGUAUUGAUGGAGAUAGUGCUGAAGUUGUUCAUGCUGAGGAGAAUGAUUCAUCUAAAGCACCAAGUCAUGGACAUGGUCAUGGAGAUGGACCUUUUGAUAUAGCCGAUAUAAUGGUUUAUCAAGCUAUUCACACUAUUGAAUUUGCUCUUGGAUGUAUUUCACAUACUGCUUCUUAUUUACGUUUAUGGGCUUUGUCUUUAGCACAUGCUCAACUUUCUGAUGUUCUUUGGACUAUGGUAUUUAGAAAUUCAUUUAUUGUGGAUGGAUAUUUAGGAGCAGUUUGUACUUAUGUAUUAUUUUUCUGCUUCUUCUUUGGAACAAUAUUCAUUCUUGUUUUAAUGGAAGGACUUUCUGCAUUUCUUCAUGCUUUACGUCUCCAUUGGGUAGAAUUUCAAUCGAAAUUUUAUGGUGGUAAUGGUUACAUUUUUGCACCAUUUGCAUUUGAAACACUUUUGGAGGAGGCAAGAGUUGCUGAUGAUUCCUCUAAAUAA